UUUAAAAAUCAUUCGAGGAUUCUUAAACCUCCGAAGAAUGACACAAGAUGAACGCCGUCAUCACGAUUGCAUUUUUGGCCCUGUUCAAUGUGAUCGAGUCUAAACAUGUGGAAAAUACUAAAGGAAGGAGGAUUAUGGAAGAGAGUCCUAAUUCGAGACCAAACGUCGUGAUGCAGUCCGUCGUCCUCGGGAAGAAAAAAGAAAAACAGCGAGACGAAACGUUAGCGAAUCCAGACCAGAUGCUCGGGAGAUUGGCCGAAAUGCUGACCGAGGAAGACAGACCCGGGGGAGACGGCCGCAACUGUCUGUACAGGCUGGAGAAAAUCCUCAACAGAGUUAAAUCAAAGAUAUUAGAAGAUUACGGCUUCGUCGAAUCGCCGAGAUAUAGAAAAUACAAAGGAAAUAGAUACAACUACGAUCCAUGCGAGGAUUACUACAUGGACGAGUACGAACCGGAUGACCUGGACGAAAGGUUCCCCCCGAAAACGGCUAAAUACGCAAGCGUCGAUUAUGAUGACGAUUAUGAAAUAAGACCGGUCAAAUACAGUUACCCUGGAAAAAACGUCUACAAAUAUCCAAAGUUUGCCGACAAAAUCUUAGUCAAAAGACAGAAUCCAUAUAAGUGGAGGAAACAAGAAAUACCAUGCGAUAGAAGUACAAAAGACAUCCUUUACAUACCUAAUUCUGUUGUAUCUAAGUUUCAAGAUGAUGUAGUGUAGUAUGACUGUAAAUAUAUUAUUCUAAAUGUUUGUAAUAAAUUUGUUAUUAUUUAUAUAUUUAUAUUA